CGCGAUGACGUCACCGCGCGCAGACUGUGAUGGCGGACGUAACCGAGAUAGACACGAUGAAGCAGUUCCACAGCGGUUUCGAGAAAAUCGACAAAGAGAUGAGCCGUUAUCCGCACUGCAUCGUCUGGACGCCCAUCCCGGUUCUGACGUGGUUCCUGCCCUUCAUUGGUCACAUGGGCAUCUGCACUUCCGCCGGUGUGAUCAGAGACUUUGCAGGGCCUUAUUUCGUAUCAGAGGACAACAUGGCGUUUGGAAAGCCAACAAAGUUCUGGAAGCUGGAUAGGAAUAAAGUGUACGGCGGCGGAGCAAACGCCUGGGAUUUGGCCGUGCACGAUGCGUCCGAGGAGUACAAAACCAGGAUGCUUUGUGGGGUUCCUGAAGACCUGGCUGCCUUUCCUGAUGAUUUGUGGGAUCAUAGUCACCAUCGCCCUUGCCAUCAACCUGCGAUGACUUUGGCUUCAACACUGAGAGAGAUGCUGUUUACAUCGAAUGCGUCUCAAUACAGAGACCUCUGCAUCUAGUGACACGGAGACACGCAGACUAUCAGUACCAUGGUAAAUAAGUGAAUUACAGGGACUUUUUCCAGUACUGCUUUCAUUGCAUUUGAUGUAUUUGUAAUAUAAUCAUAUCACAUACAUGGAUGGGGCUAAAUGAAACAUGGCAGCAAUUUCCUGUCAAAACGGUUUUCCAUCAUUUUUCCUAGAACUGCUUGCAUUGAAGUCAGUUUUCAUCAGUUAUGUUUAAUGAUCCAGGCGUGUAUUGUUUUAUAUUCAAGGGAGACUGUAAAUUUGCUUAUUCCUUAAGAUUUUUUAUGUUUACAUCUUCAUUUAUAUUAUAUGACCAAAUAAAAAA